AAUAAAAGAUAAAAAUAAAAUAAAAACACUUCUCAAAUCGGCAAAUCCAAAAGAGAGAGAUAAAAGAGAGAAAGAUAAUCUCUUUAAUGUCCACAUUAUCUCUCUCUUCUUCUUCACCUUCUUGAGAAACCUCCUCUCCCCAAAAACGACGUAGUUUCACAUUUCUCGACUUCUUGAAUGGAGUUUGAAGACAACAACAACAACAACGACGAAGAGCAAGAAGAGGAUAUGAAUCUUCAUGAGGAAGAAGAAGACGACGACGCCGUUUACGACUCUCCUCCUCUCUCUCGUGUUCUCCCCAAAGCCUCGACAGAAAGUCAUGAAACCACCGGAACUACUUCCACAGGCGGUGGCGGAGGAUUCAUGGUUGUUCACGGCGGUGGAGGGAGCAGGUUUAGGUUCCGUGAGUGUCUCAAGAACCAAGCGGUGAACAUAGGAGGACACGCGGUCGAUGGUUGUGGUGAGUUUAUGCCAGCUGGAAUCGAAGGUACCAUCGACGCUCUAAAAUGCGCCGCUUGUGGCUGUCACCGUAACUUCCACCGCAAGGAAUUACCUUACUUCCAUCACGCGCCGCCACAACAUCAGCCUCCUCCUCCCCCGCCAGGGUUUUACCGUCUUCCAGCUCCGGUUAGCUACCGACCACCACCGUCACAAGCUCCUCCUCUUCAGCUCGCUCUUCCCCCUCCACAAAGAGAGAGAUCAGAAGAUCCAAUGGAGACGUCUUCAGCUGAAGCAGGAGGAGGGAUUAGGAAGAGGCAUAGGACUAAGUUUACGGCUGAGCAAAAGGAAAGGAUGUUAGCUUUAGCUGAGAGGAUUGGAUGGAGAAUUCAGAGACAAGACGAUGAAGUGAUUCAGAGAUUUUGUCAGGAGACUGGUGUUCCGAGACAAGUUCUUAAGGUUUGGUUACAUAACAACAAACACACUCUUGGUAAGUCGCCUUCACCACUUCAUCAUCAUCAGGCUCCUCCUCCUCCACCACCACAGUCUUCGUUUCAUCAUGAACAAGACCAACCAUGAAUCUUGAAUUUCUUUGAUCACUAGGGUUUUAAUUUAGCUUAAUUAAUUACUUGAGAAAUUUGAGAGACAAGGUUUUUAUUGUUUAAUUUAUGUACCCAUUUUCCUCUUUGAUGAUGAUGUUGAUGAUGUUGGUGAUGAUCUUUAAUUUCUGGUUAAUUAUGUUUUGCAUUAGUAGCUUUUUAAGUCUCUUAGCAAAAUCUUUGAUUGGUCUGACUAUAAAUUACUGACGUCCUUAUUUGCAUCACAUUUGUCAGUGUUUGAAUUUAUCAUGUUUUGUGUAUGAAUCUAUAUGAACUUGAUCCUGAAUAUAUAUGUACAUGUAUUUUGUGUAUGCAUUAUUUAUGUCUUCUUUAGCAUAUGAUUUCAUUUUUAUUUUAUUUUGUGCAGCCUAAGCUUUUACUUGUUGACAUUGUUAUAUAUUGUUUCUUAAGUUCCUGGUGUUUUUGUGUGUUAUUAUAUUUGACUGACCAUUAUUUUCACCCACACACACAUUUGUAGCUAGCUAGAUCUGAUAGUGUUCUUGUUUCUUAAGUUCU